AUGUUAGCGAUCAUAAAAUUCGGCAAUCACAAAAGCAAAUUAUUUUACGAUAUACUAAUUAAAACCCAGAACACAGCAUUGUUGGCCCGACAUUUCGCAUCGACGGCAGCUGCAGAGAACUUAGAUCGAAAGAACAUUGACGAUGUAGCAGCUUCAACCGAAGAAUGGGAACGAGCCAAACCGUUUGAAGAAAUUCCAACAAUGAGUACUUUUAAAUUUCUUCGCAAUUUCUUGCCGUGUGGUAAAUACGCCAAAUUGGAUUCAUCGGAAAUGAUGUUGGCUUUUCGUGAAGAUAUGGGGCCAAUUGCCCGCAUACCAACUUUAUUUGGUAAAGAGGGGUUUGUGAUCACCCAUAAUCCACAUGAUUUUGAAAAGACACUACGCAAUGAAGGUAUUUGGCCUAAUCGUCCCGGUUCUGAGGCAUUAAUCUAUCAUCGUAGUGUACAUCGAGGGGACGUCUUUCAGGGUGUGGAGGGUCUAAUUGGAACGCAAGGAGAAAAAUGGGGUACCUUUCGAUCCACUGUAAAUCCUGUGAUGAUGCAGCCAAAAAAUGUUCGCCUGUAUUUUAAUAAAAUGUCUCAGGUGAAUAAGGAGUUUAUUGAAAGAAUUCGCAACAUUCGCGAUCCUGAAACCCUAGAAGUGCCUGCCAAUUUCGAAGAAGAAAUAAAUCGCUGGACCCUAGAAUCGGUAUCCGUUGUGGCCUUGGAUAAACAAUUGGGUCUAAUCACCACAAAUCGAGAUGACCCAACAGCUACAAGACUAUUUCAAUCACUAACGGAUUUUAUACAAUGCUCCAUGGAAAUUGAAAUGAAACCAUCGAUCUGGAAAUAUUACCAGACACGAACAUUUAAAAAAUUAUUAACAAGUUUAGAUGGUGUUAUGGAUAUAACCAAAAAUUUUGUGGAUGAAGCAAUUUCCCGGCUGGAGGAGGAACGUAAAAAUGGUGUACCAGAAAAACCGGACAGUGAGAAAAGUGUUUUGGAAAAAUUGAUAAAAAUCGAUAGAAAAAUUGCCAUGGUUAUGGCAAUGGAUAUGCUGAUGGCUGGAGUGGAUACUACCUCCACCACCUUUACCGGUUUACUUUUGUGUUUGGCCACAAAUCCCGAGAAACAGGAAAAACUCCGCCAAGAAGUUCGAAAACUAUUACCCCACAAGGACUCCGAAUUUAAUGAGGCUGUUUUCAAAAAUAUGCCCUACCUUAGAGCAUGCAUCAAGGAAUCAUUGCGUGUAUAUCCCUUGACUGUGGGUAAUGCUCGAGUACCCAUCAACGAUGUAGUUCUAAGUGGUUAUCGUGUACCUAAGGGAACUCGUGUGACAAUGAUUUCAACUUCUCUGCUAAAAGAUGAUACACAUUAUCCCCGAGCGAAGGAAUUUUUACCAGAACGUUGGCUGAGACCUUCAAAGGCAGAAACGGAAAAUGCCACCAACGAAUGUCCAAUGAACGCCCUGAAAGCUAGUAGUCCAUUUAUUUAUUUACCAUUUGGAUUUGGUUCACGCAGUUGUAUAGGUCGUCGCAUCGUUGAAAUGGAAUUGGAAAUGGGUAUUGCUCGAUUGAUCCGCAAUUAUCAUGUGGAAUUUAAUUAUCCCACAAGGAAUGCUUUUAAAAGUUUAUUGAUUUAUGUCCCGAAUAUUCCGUUGAAAUUUAAAUUUACCGAUGUUAAAGAUUGA